GUCAGCCUCGCUAUUGGAAGUUUCCUUUAUCUCGUGGCCAGGGUUGGGACUGUGGAUAGGCUACAGCCUAUCUGCCGUGUUGAAAGCGGACUGCCACUCUCGCAGCCCGAGCAGAUCCCUCUCCGCACAUUACAGUUUAAGCGGGGUCUUCUUCUUCAUGAGUUACGAAAGACCAAUGCAACUAAGGAGCAACUUUACCUACAUAACCACGUCCAGCAGCUGCCGCAGGCCAUCAUCAUUGGCGUUCGCAAAGGUGGCACGCGUGCCCUUUUGGAGAUGCUUAAUCUGCACCCUGCCGUCGUUAAGGCGUCGCAAGAAAUACACUUCUUCGACAACGACCAGAACUAUGGCCGUGGUAUUGACUGGUACAGAGGCAAGAUGCCUUUCUCCUUCCCCCAUCAGAUAACCAUUGAGAAAAGCCCGGCCUACUUUAUUACAGAGGAGGUCCCUGAACGCAUCUUCAAGAUGAACUCUUCCAUCAAGCUACUGAUCAUAGUCCGCGAACCCACCACCAGAGCGGUGUCGGACUACACCCAAGUUUUGGAGGGCAAGGAGCGCAAAAACAAGACGUACCACAAGUUCGAGACACUGGCCAUCGACGGCAAAACCUGCGAGGUCAACACGAAGUACAAAGCGGUGCGGACCAGCAUCUACAGCAAACAUUUGGAACGCUGGCUAAAAUACUUUCCGGUGGAACAGUUCCACGUUGUAGAUGGAGACCGCCUUAUCACAGACCCACUGCCUGAGCUACAGCUUGUGGAGCGCUUCCUCAACCUACCAUCAAAAAUCAGCCAAUAUAACUUGUAUUUCAACGCCACCAGGGGAUUCUACUGUUUGCGAUUCAACAUUGUCUUCAACAAGUGCCUGGCAGGCAGCAAGGGUCGUACCCAUCCGGAGGUGAACUUGUCAGUGGUAACAAAACUACAAAAGUUCUUUCAUCCGUUUAAUCAGAAGUUUUACCAGAUCACUGGUAGAACAUUUGAUUGGCCAUAAUAUAUGUAAAAAAUCUCUAGAGAGUUUUCCGUAUUUGUUUUUUUAAAGGGAAAAAAAUGCCAUAUAACGAUAUCCUAGAAGAUACGGUGAUGGAAUUUUAAUGGAUAGUUAGGAUUUUGUGGUUGUAUGAGGCAUGCUGCCUCUUCUGUUGUGGUCCCAGUGCAGAAUUCAGCCUGAUAAUUGGAGGAUUGCUUUAACCAGCAUGUGGCAUCCAGCAGAAAACAAUAGAUGAAAAUAUACCUAAGUCUUAAUAAUUCAGAAACAAGCUUGGAUCCUUGUGUUGUUUUUGUAAAUCACAUAUGAGCCAUACACAUUUAUGGAAACGUUACAUGUCUUAGAACAGGGUUGUGUCAAACUCAAACCAGAAUUAAAAACUGUGACCAAGACCCAAUUUCUUUCAUAUGGAAACAAACUUUAGUCUUGCGUAAACAGUAAAUCUCGAACAAACAAAGCUUAAUAUUAUAAACACCAAAAUUAAAUUUGAAAUAGAACACACAUCAGUGGUGUUCAUUUCUUUUUUUGGCUCUCUCUAUCUGUAGCCUUUCCGGUUUCUUUUUUGACAUAAAAAGGCCAUCAACAAAACAAUCAAAAGUGUAAGUGCGAUAAAAUAUCGCAUACACUGCUAAUACUACAAAUCCUGCCCGUUUAUAGACAUAAUUACAUCGCUCUAAUAUACAUUUGAUAUGAUCUUGCGGGGCCAGAUUUGUCCCACAGACCUGAGUUUGACACCUGUGUCUUAGAAGAUCGGACAGGUAACGUGUACAUAGUUCUUGUGGCAACCUUGUUAUUAUAAACAGGUUUUUAUUUCAUUCAUUGUGGUAACAAAAUAGUGUGCCAAAGCAAGCGGAUAGUCACAACAAAUUGUGUACUUGUGUGGCAAAGGCAAAUGUGUACUUGCGCACAAUGUGGCAAAUGUAGGCAAGCAGGGCAACUAUAGAACAGUGGAGCACUAUGGGCUACACAUCAAGAAGUUAGGGUACGUCCUUUCCAUGCUUUUGUGUUGUAUUCCUUACUUUUCUUGACUUGCUUACAAAGCACAAAGUAUCACUUUUUGUUACUGAUUUUCAUGAAGAAUUUAAAGUCAAGCCGCACUUAGAACAUACAGUGUUUGAUGUCCGGCUAAAUACCAGAUUCAGUGGUCAACAUAUAUAAUGGUUAGCUUUGUUUUUAUUGAGUGACACCUACUGGCAGUCAUCAGGUGUGGAAAAGUGUUCAUUUGAUUUUCUGUAUGUGAUUGGAUGUCUGUCUCACAUUUAAUGUGUAUUACAAUGUCAUCUUAUGAAAACGUGUGGAACUCACUAAGAACAACACAUAGUAAACAACACCCACUUGGGUUGGGUAUAAUCACACUUUAAACAAACAAUACUACCCUUCAACAAAACAAAAAAGUGCGACUUAUAGUUGGGAAAAUAUGGUAAGUUGUUUGGGUUUUUUUCUGUAAUGAAAGCCAUCGGAUGGUGACAGAAUUUACAUAUUAUAACAAAAAACAAUUAAUCCUACUGUUAUCUGUUAGCAUUUGUUUCCAACACGUUUUUUCUCCAUGGCGUCACAGAAUAAACGCAAAAAUGUUACGUAGAACUCGAAGCCCUUUAGACUCGUUCAUUACAAAUAUAAUGUUUUUUCACCUACAACCUCAUUUGUGUUUUGCAGAAUAUUUGGGGGAAAAGUUGAGUCUAAACUUGUUCUCCGAUGACUCUUGUCACACUAACAGCUUAUUCUGAAAAUGGUUCUUUAAAACUCUUUCUGUGAACUUGUUCAUUAUGUAUCAUGUGUGUUCUUCAGAAAAAGGGUCAAUUAAAGGGAAACUUGGACUUGGACAACUCUU